UCGGCGGCCGGCGGGUGCGGGGCCUCCGAGGAAGCGGGCAGCCAUGGCCGCGGGCGUGGACCGCGGGGACGCGGCGGGCGGCCGGCAGCACGUGUUCCUGCUCCCAGAACAUUUAAAAGAUACUUCAAAGAAGAUGAGAAACGGGCUCAUGUUUGUAAAACUGGUUAGCCCGUGUUCAGGGGAAGGAGCCAUGUACUUGUUCAAUAUGUGUCUGCAGCAGCUGUUUGAAAUCAAAGUCUUCAAGGAGAAACACCAUUCUUGGUUUAUAAAUGAAUCAGUUCAAUCAGGAGGUCUUCUCCACUUUGCCACACCUGUGGACCCCCUGUUUCUGCUGCUGCACUACCUCAUGAAAACUGGUAAAGAGGGGAAGUUUCAGCCCCUAGAUCAAGUUGUGGUAGAUGACGUAUAUCCAGAUUGUGUCUUGUUGCUGAAACUUCCUGCACUUGAGAAGCAACUUCGCCACGUGACGGAGGAAAAAGAAAUUGACAACAAGAAAUAUUAUAAGUAUAGCAAAGAGAAGACAUUAAAGUGGCUGGAAAAAAAGGUUAAUCAAACUAAGGCUGCAUUAAAAACCAAUAACGUGAAUGUUGGUAACCGGGUACAAUCAACUGCAUUUUUCUCUGGAGACCAGGUUGCCAGUGACAACGAAGAGGAUUAUCUGCGUUAUGCCCAUGGUCUGGUAUCUGAUUACAUCACUAAAGAACUAAGUGAUGACUUAGCUAAGUACUUGAAGCUUCCAGAACCUCCAGCUCCAUUGCCAAACCCUCCAUCAAAGAUGGCAGCACAGAGACAGAAAAGGAACAAGUGAAGGCGGCUCCACCAAGGCUUCGCUGCUGCCCUGCACCGUCAGACAUUGCAAAAGCACCAAGACUUUCUCUUCUGCGCUUUCUGGAAAAUCACCAAGCACCAAAAAGUGCAUUUUCAAGACCUACCCACGCACACUUAUCUAUCUGGUCAACAUCGCGAGUCUGUGUGGUCUGGAGCCUGACCGUGACACUACCCAUUAUCUGAGGAAUUCAAACCACAUCACCCUCUGCCCUGGCUCAUCUUCCCAUAAAAGUGUGCAUUAUUCCCAUACAGUGCUUCAGAUCUGAAGGUUCCUCGUGAGAUUUGGCCCUGUUGGUUGGUUCUGCUUGGGUCAGGUUAGCACAUCUUAGUUGUGUAUGUGGGGACCUCAGCACUUGCACUGAAAGCUUUGGUGAACUAAGUUUCAACCCUUACUUUAAAAACUUGCAAAAAGCCUGACCUUUCUUUACUCCUUAUCAACUUGGCAGCUUCUGAUUCAUAGCAGUACCUAAUCAUGUGCACUUUAUGAUCUGGAGUUAUAAACAUGGCUUCAUUUUUUACAGAUUUGUCCGCUAUGUGUAUUCUUAUUAUUUUUUAGAGGGCAUAAGAUAAAAAGGAAAGUUGGAAGUCAAUGCCAAAAAGUAAUUUAGUUGGGAAUGUGGGUAUAUAGUGUGUUUUGGAGGCAGUAGAGGUUUUGUGCAAAAAUCUGAAGGGGAAUGGAUGUGUAGCCUAGGAAUUAAGGUGCUCAUAUCCCACAUGGGGGUGCCUGGGUUCAGUUCCCAAUUCCAACACCCGACUCCAACUCCCAACCAGUGCAGACUCUGGGAGACACCAGUGAUGACCCAAUUAGUUGGGUUCCUGUCACUCAUGCGGGAGACUGAAUACAGUCGCCCACUGCCAGCUUUGGCCUCACCCCCAGCCAUUGUGGGCAUUUGAGGAGUGAACUGGUAUAUGGAAGCUCGCUCGCGGCUCGCUCUCUCU